CUUUGCUCUUUAGCUUCAUAAUGGCGCCGCUUUCUGCUUGUUUCUUCCUCUGAGUCCAGUUAAUGCGAAGCUCUGAUAAAUGGCUCUUAUUUUCUAACAUGAGGUUUUUAUCUUUACUGUGUGGUUUUGGCUCAUAGCUGCUGUCAUGAGGAAGAGGAAGAAGAAGACUUUGGUUCCGUCUCUUCUGUGAUCUCCAUCCGUCUGGAUGGAUGAUGUGGUUCUGCACUACCAGCCUGGAUCAGCUGUCAGGCUCUCCUGCCUGUUGGAGCAGACAGAGAAGCUUCUGGAGCCCUUUACCUGCCGGCCUCCUCCUGUCUUCAGCCCCUGGUUCCCUACCGUCGCCGCAGAGCACCGGCUGCCCAUCAGGCCGGCCAAACCAGCUCCUCAGAUCACCUCUGCUGGUGUCACACUGACAACGACGACAGCUACAGAAAAUAAAUUACAAACAGGAAACCCUAUCAUCUCUGCAGAGACACAACCUGAACAGACAGAAGAGCCUCUCUGCAUCACAGAAACUCCCAACCACCUCCUGCCGGUUCGAUCAGCCCCAGCUGUAUCUCAUAGAGAACAUCCAGGGACAGAGGGAGACGGGUCACCGGUCCGACGCUCCUGGAGCGUCUUCACGCAGAAAGGAGUCCUGCUGCAGAAGUCCUUGUCCAAACAUUUCCAUCGCCUGGUGUCCGUCCACAGGCUCCACCUCCGCCAGCGGGCCAAGUGGGUGAUUACACAGCAGAACUGCAGAGAUGUGGAGAAGGUGUGGCGCUCCCUGAGCCGAUCCGUACGCAGCUCCGGGUUUCCACCAUGCAACGCCAACAUCCGGCGGGAGCAGGCAGAGAUCUGGGUGUUCUGCGACGUUCUGUACUCGGAGCAGGUGGGGCGUCUGCUGAAGGACGAGCUGCAGCUGUCGGGCCGGAUCCACCUGUCUGUCCACAAACUGGGAACCAUCUUCAGCAUGUAGACAGUGUCUGCAUUGAACGGUGUCACCUCCAGGGGGCAGUAGACAGAGUUUUUAAGAGGUUCCACUGGUAUUAAAGGUAGAACAUGAGGUGUGGCAGCCUAAUCUGUGGAGAUGUUCCCUACUGAUGCUGGAUUCAUGUCUCACUGAAACGUCAACGUUGAGUUUGACCAAAUGAUGGUGAUGCAUGAUGAGAGGAAAACAAGUGUCACAA